AGAGUGAUGUUCAGGUCCUUUCCUGUCUGAGGAAUUCAAAUCCUCCUCUGUCUGGUUCUCUUUGUUUAUAAUUUUCUUCUUCUUCUUUUUUAAUUAUUGCUUGAAUUUCUUGUUGUUCUUGGGUUGGUUCUUCAAUGGAGGUGUCUCAAAAAAUCAAUGGGAAAAAGAGGUUGCCUUCAACUCCGUCAAAUUAUGUUACUCUCCUUCAACUACAAGAACGAUGGAUCAAAGAGAAAGAAGGAAAGCAGAAGGGAAAGGAAGAGAAACAAGAGACCCAGCAGAAACACGAGGAAGAGGAAACAAAUUUUGAAGAGCGAGUGAAUGACGAGGUUUCUGGAAGAGAGAGCCGUAAGAAUAGGCAGAUUCCUCGACCUGAUCGGGGUAACGGGAAGCAUGUAGCGGAAGGGAAUCCCAGGGACGAGAAAACCGCCGCGGCCAAGGAUUUCGACAAUGAGAAGAAAGGCAAGGAAUUGAAGAAAAGGUGGAAGUCGAAGAACAAGAAAAGGAACGAGAUGAAGGAAAAAGCUAGGGCAGCUAACGAGGGGGAGGAACUGACGGGAGGUACUAGUAAGGCGCCGCUGCCUACCGGUGUGGAGCAUAGUAAAGGGGAGGAGAAGCUGAUCGGAGAUGAACUCCAGGCUCCGGUGCUGACGAGUGUUGAGGAAGAGAAUAUUGAGGCGAGAAGGGAGUUAGGACUGAGUUCCAUUCCAAGAACCCAUGACCGUACGGAGGAGGUUGGACGGAAAUUUCAAGCAAUGUCGAUGAACGGUGAGAUUAGAAGAGCGGAUCAUCGUAGAUACGGUGGGCAAAAUGUUCAUCUCAACUAUCGUGGUGGCAAAUCGGAGCGGAAUAGGAGAUAUAAUGGCGUAAAGUUUGAUAGGCGUGGAGAGGGGAAUCAGAGGAAUGAAGGGAUGGCUUGGGUUAGGAAAGGGGAAGUUAAAGAUCAAAAUGUCAGUGCAAUUCAAAGCUCGAGUUGCUCUUCUAAGGAUUGACAUUGAUGGGAGUUUUAAUCUGGUUGCUGAUGCUGGGAUUUGAUACGACACUUUCGUUUCAAUUCAAAAACAACAUCGUUAUCUUCGAAUAAACAAGGCUUGCCUUCAUCAAUUCUGCCCAUGUUCUUUGGCAACCCUCUUGAUCUCAUCUUCAACCUCAGUUGCUUUGGCG